AUGGCGUCCAGAACUCAGCAUAAAAAAACCGCUAUAAUCACAGGAGGUGCUAGCGGUGUUGGCCUAGCGGUAGCUACUGCCUUGAGCAGCCGUAACGACUGGCGUAUAUACAUCCUUGACCUGGAUCCGUCUGGUGACGAGGUAUCGCAAUCACUAGGCUCUCGCACAAGUUUUCACCGGGUUGAUGUGACCAACUACGCUGCUUUGGCAGAUGUGUUUGAGCUUGUAUUUUCGGAAUACGGCUCUAUUGACUUUGUAUUUUCCAAUGCAGGCAUAGUAGAAAAGGUUGAUUUCUAUGCUCAUUUGUCUGAGGAUGCCCCCCCUCCCGAGCUAGAUCAGUUAGUUCUCGAUGUGAACCUCAAGUCCACCAUAAAUAUCACCUAUCUCGCACAACAUUACAACCGAAAGGCCGAGUCCCAUGACAGUGCACGGAAUGUCCUCAUCACAGCGAGUGUUGGCUCUCUUUACCCGUGCUUUGCAAUCCCGAUAUACGCAGCUUCUAAACAUGGUAUACUAGGACUCGUGAGAUCCGUUGCGCCCGCAUUCAUCAAAGAAGGGCUUCGUGUCAAUGCUUUGUGUCCUGGUGUCAUGGCCACCAAGCUCAUGACGGAUGAGGACUUCAAACACUAUCCGCCUGAGUAUUUCACUCCUAUCGAGACAUUGCUGGAUGCAGUGUUGAAGAUAGUCGAUGGCGAAGAUAUAGAAGAUGCCAGAGGUCGGUUGGUUCAGGGAAAGGAUGUGCACGGGAAAACCAUCGAAAUCAAUGUCCGGAAUAUUUAUUUCCGGGAUCAGCCCGAAUGGUGUGAUGAUGCCAUGCCUUUUGUUAUGGCUGCCACAGACCGUUAA